CUUCGCUGGCUUAGUUAAGCGCGGAUUGUCAGCCGGUCGAGUCGAUCUGUUGCUCGUGCGGCGGUACGUGAAUCUCAGCCAUGUCCAAGUACUCGAAGCUGGCCCGCGGGCUCUGCGACCUGCUGAUCUGGGCGGCCCUCAGCGUGGCCAGCCUGCUGCUCCACAAGCUGGUGCGUCCCUUCCGGCGCGGCUUCUUCUGCGGGGACGAGUCCCUCAGCUAUCCGUACCGCGAAGGCACCAUUGGCCAAGAUCUGAUCAUCGCCAUCGCGCUGGGCGUGCCCACCGCCGUGAUCGCGGUGGUGGAGCUGUUCAAGCAGCUGCCGGAGGCGGGCGGCAAGGGUCGGGCGGACGGCUGCCGGAUCGGCCACCGACUGGGCCACCUGUACCGGCAGGCCAUCUUCUACCUGUACGGCCUGGCCAUGGUCACGUUCACCACGAUGCUCUCGAAGCUGUGCAUCGGUCGCCUGCGACCGCACUUCUACGCCGUGUGCCAGCCCAUGCUGCCGGACGGGAGUGGCUGCCAGGACGCCCAGAACCUGGGUCGCUACAUCGACAGCUUCACGUGCAGCAACGCCAACAUGUCAGACUUCCAGUUCAAGCAGCUCAACCAGUCCUUCCCCAGCGGCCACGCCAGCUUGGCGAUGUACGCGAUGCUCUACCUGGCCAUCUACCUCCAGGCGGCGCUGAGCACGAGGGUCUCCAAGCUGCUGAAGCACCUGCUGCAGUUCCUCUUCGUGAUGUUCGGCUGGUACGUCUCGCUGACGCGGAUCACAGACUACCACCACCACUGGAGCGACGUCCUGGCGGGGGCGGCGUUGGGCGCGGUGUUCGCCUGGCUCACCACUGCCUACGUGGCCGACUUGUUCGUCGGCCGGCGGUGGCCCAAGGCCGGCUUCUCGGCCAACACGCUGCGCAAGCCGCAGGUGUCGCCCAAGAGCUCCGCCAAGUCCCAAGCGGGAGGAUCCACCGCUGGAGCGGCACAGCCGCCCGCCUUGCCGGCAUACACCUUCGGAACGCUGCCCUACCUGGCGGCCCACCCGGCGCAGGCGCAGGCGCAGUACGCUCAGACCUAUCACAACUACGGCUACGUGCCCUGAGCCAGCUGCCGGAUUCCAUUAGCAAAUUGUAGCUUAGAGAACCCCGCAAGCAUUCACACAUUCACAAACAAAGACUUGCACGGAAUCCCUGUUUUGUUGUCUGUAUUCUAGCGAAAUAAAUAUUCAAGUACGAUACGAACA